AUGAAGUUCUUCGAGAAUAAAUUCACCUACGACUACUCCUUCCCUGCUGUCUCUCUCGCCUACUUCCUCCGCUACCCAAACCCCUACUCUCGCCAUGUCCUCACUACCGACGUGAUCGAACGCCGUGUCGACCCCGACACGCAGCGCCUUCACACCACCCGGCUGCACUUGAAGAAAUCAAAGAUCCCGUCUGGUAUCCUCAAAUUGCUGCCCAAGGGAAUGGGUGGCUCCGAUAACUCCGGCCAGAGCUAUAUCUUGGAGACCACCGUGGUCGACCCAAAUGAGGGCUGGAUGAAGACUGAAUCGCGCAACAUGGAGUGGACUGGUAUUCUGAGCGUGGUUGAAAAGCAGCAUUACCAGCGCCACCAUGCUGAAGAGGAAGCCCGCGCUCUCGAUGGGUUGUCCAUCGAUAAGAACAGCGAGCAGACUACUGUCCGGACCACCGUGACAUUCAAGUCUCGACUCGGUCAGGGAAAGCUGCUUGGGCGGAAAAAGACGGAUGCUACUCCAGGCCAUGCCGAUGCGGAAGAGGAGGCCCCCAAGAAGGGAUUCUUCUCCUCACUGUCCACCGCCGGCAUCCAGCGAACUAUCGAGUUGAUCGGAGUGAGUCGGACCCGCGAUGCGGUGCUGAAGAGCAAGGAAGGAAUGAACGUGGUUCUGGAGCGCCUGCGUAAGGGUGGCAUCGUGGGCGUCCUGGAAGGCAUGCGCAAAGACCGCGAGUUGGCGUUCGGGCCUGAUGGGACCUGGAAGCGUGUGUUGUUAAAUGGAAGUGGGCUCAAGGAUCGGGCUAUCGAGGACGACGAUAACUAA